UAAAACAAAUUGACAGAUUCACAGUGUCCAGAGUAAAAGAACUUAAGUCACAACAAAUCAACAAGAUGUUCUCCCGCUACUUCUUGACUUUCUGCCUUAUGGCAUUGUUCGUCGCCUUUGUCUCAGCCAGCGUAGAAAGUGAGCCGGAAUAUGAGUUCGACGACUCAUCUCUAUCCAUUGAAGAACGAUCCAAGUUUGGCAAGAAAGUAGAGCAGAUCCUUAAGAAAUUCUUCAAACACGCCACUGAGAAGUGCCUGAAGGAAGCUGUCGCCAAGUGCAAGAAACACUGGUACAACCCAUCCAAAGUCAUCCAGUGCGCUAAGGACCUCUGGAGCAUCGAGAUGGCUUUCUGCCUGGUUGGUGUCUAAAUACACUUAACUUUUUCAACUUCUGGAACAUCGAGUACAUUUUUGUACAAAGGAUAAAGUAAAACUACUAUUCAUUAUUUAUAAUUCAUUCAUUUUAAUAUCAUCGAAAAAUUUCUUGAAUUUAAAAAAUAAAAUAUAUUCAAAGCA